AUGGCGUCGUCUCAAUCCAAUGUGUAUGGCCGGGACCAGUUCAUGAAUCCAGGGCCUGCCCCGCGCCCACCCGUCGACCGUCCCCGCGUUAACACUGGCGGAUCUACCACUUCUUCUGUUGCUACGAGUUUUAGCCAGAUGUCUCUAAACUCCCCUUCAACCCCAACGCCUACCCUCUCCGUCUUCCCGAAUUCCAGCCAGCUUUCGUUGAGCCAAACUAAAUCAAACCUGAGCAGCAUGGGCGGUGUCAGCGUCAUCAAAGAAGGUUAUGUGCGCUGCAAGGAGGACAAGUUUCUGGCCAGCUGGAGCCAACGCUAUCUCAUCCUUCGCGAAUUUCGACUGGACUUUCUGAAGAACGAAACUGGAAAGGUGGUGUUAUCGAUCCAAUUGAGCCAUGUCAUCAGGGUUUCACGAUCGGAAGAUUGUAAAAUGGCCUUCGAGAUUAUCCGGAUAGCAAAUCCCAAGGAUGCAAAUAUUCGCAAUCCUUCUAUUAAUCGAGAACUAGCUACUAAAUCCAUAACGUGCGAGGUCAAGAACGACGAUGAAAUCUACGAAUGGAUCGAAAAAAUUCAUGAGCGAUGUCCUGCAAUGGGAGGCGUAUCGAACCCAACUAACUUCAGUCAUCGUGUUCAUGUCGGCUUUGACCCGCGGACAGGUGCAUUACGAGGACUUCCGGCAGAGUGGGAGAAACUCUUAUCUACAUCAGCAAUCACCAAGGAGGACUACAAGAAUAACCCACAGGCCGUGAUCGAAGCUUUGGAAUUCUAUUCCGACAUUAAAAUGCGUGAACAGAACCCGGAUUAUUACGAUGGCCUGCAUGGUGGUGUUAAAAGCUCCAAUAUGAUGCCGAUGGGCAAUUCGAUUGCUGGCCCGAGGGCCAACCAACCAUCAGGACUGCAACGCCUCGAUAAUCAGAGCCAACGAAGCGCCACAGAUCGCUCUCAGAGUUCUUCACCUGCCCAAUCUCAACGCAAGGCCUCAGAUCCAGAGCGCUCAUACAACCAGCAGUACACGUCAGACCGGUCGAAGGAAAUGCCUGACACAGAGCAGCGACGUCGUAUGGACGAAGAGGCCCGCCGCAUUCGAGAGGUUCAGCGUCAGCGUGAAGAAGAGCAAAAUCGUCGCGAUCAUGAGGCCUAUAAUGCUUCGCUACCCAAGAAUCGCGUGCCAGUUGCCCAGCAGGAGCUUGGAGGCUAUUCAGAUCCAGAUCGAUAUAACCCUUCGAGAGCACCACCUAAGGUUCCUGGUGCUGACCGCAGUCGACAACAAACACCAGGUUCAUUGAGACAGAUUACUGCUCAGCGUCCGGCUCCUUCACCGCCUACGGCUCAACAGAAUGGAACACAGCCAUCUUCACAAAGGUCAGGGGAUGAAGCUGCCCAACACGGUUCCCUACGUUCUGUUCCACGUCAAGAUGGAUCCCGUCCACAACAGUCUUCGAGCGCUACUCGCUACAAUGGUGGAGAUGCGCGUGGCCAAACGCCAAUUAAACGCCCAACACAAAACAAUGGCGCUAGCCCUCAAGGCCCUGCUCCGAGUCGUCUCCCGGCUCCUGUACAGCCAGUUAAACCUCUUAACAUUGCUAAUAAGCAAACAGCUGCUAGCACGAAAAAGGCCGCAACUCCCGAUGCGGUUCGUCAGGCUGAAGCUGCCCUGACGAAGAAACCCGCGGAGUCUCGGCAUAAGGAUGUGCGGAUGUCGACCAUGACGGAAAGUGAAGUGAUGGAGAGACUCAAGCAGAUCGUUUCGAGAACCAACCCUAAAGAGUCAUAUCAUAAAUAUCGCAAAAUUGGACAGGGAGCGUCUGGGUCUGUAUAUGUGGCCCGCGUCAAUGAUAAGGCACCAUCUUACGUCGCCCAAGAGGUCUACCAGAAAAAUGGUUCUCGCAGCCAGGUUGCCAUUAAGCAAAUGGAUCUGAGGAGCCAACCUCGUAAAGAGCUGAUCGUGAACGAAAUCAUCGUGAUGAAGGGUAGUUCACACCCCAACAUUGUCAACUACCUUGAGUCUUUCCUGCAGGAGCAGGAUAACGAGUUAUGGGUUGUCAUGGAGUUUAUGGAAGGUGGAGCUCUUACGGAUGUCAUUGAUAACAAUCCGGUGAUACAAGAGGACCAGAUUGCUACUAUUUGCUACGAGACUUGCAAAGGCCUAGCACAUCUCCAUAGCCAGUCGAUUAUACAUCGUGAUAUAAAGAGUGACAACGUGCUGUUAGAUCGUUCUGGGAAUGUGAAAAUCACUGACUUCGGCUUCUGCGCCAAACUUACCGAAUCGAAAAGCAAGAGAGCUACCAUGGUGGGCACCCCCUACUGGAUGGCGCCUGAAGUUGUGAAGCAGAAGGAAUACGGCCCCCGGGUUGACAUUUGGUCACUGGGCAUCAUGGCUAUCGAGAUGAUCGAAUCCGAGCCGCCAUACCUCAACGAAGAGCCACUUAAAGCGCUAUACCUCAUUGCCACAAACGGAACCCCACGCCUGAAGAAACCAGACAAACUCAGCAAGGAGUUGAAAUCUUUCCUCAGUGUGUGUCUCUGCGUCGAUGUACAGAGCCGUGCAACCUCCGAUGAACUCUUGUCUCAUGAAUUCCUUCGAUCUGGUUGUAACCUGGCUAGUCUUUCUGAGCUACUUCGGUUCAAGAAAAAUCCGGGCCAGUAA